AUGUCAGAAACACCACCAAGAGGGAAGAGGCGGCGGACUGAGGAGUCGGAUACCGAGGGCAGCGGCUCGGUGAUUGAAGUUGGCAACUCAAUCACAGCAAAGCCGCUGCCCGUAAGUGAGGAUACGAAUGGGAGGCCUGAGCCAAUGACUGAAGCAGAAAAUGGCUCUCCUCACGACAACUUCUGUUUCAUCUGCAAGCGGGAGAUGGACCUGCUGGACUGUUACACGUGCCGAAGGUCCUACCACCAGGAUUGUCUAGACAUACCUACCGAUAAACUCUACCACAGGGACAACUUCUUCUGUCGAGUUUGUGUCAAUCGCCAAUGGCACGAGCAUCUGCCUCCGCCCAGUCCGCCGCCAUCUCCACCGCUUGAGAGACAGAGGGUGGCCUUACCCAGUCACAGGCCGAACACGCAGCCCAGCGUUGAAAUGCAUGCACCUUCGACUUCGGCUUCGACUUCACCAGCUCCUUCGGCACCAGCCCACAAUGCCCAGGCUUCCGGCCCGACAUCCUUCACCUGGCUAUCGCAGAACCAGUUUACGACCCCUCUAACGCGCUCCAGUGCGAUUUCAAGUCCCCGAACCUCAACGCCUCUCUCGGGUGUCAUCAAUCUCAACGGCCCUGGUCGGGGUAUCGUGGCUGGUCCGCGCGGUCCCCGUUCACGCUUUUCUACCUUGUCGGCUGAAGUGGAUGAUGCCGUUUCUUUAAUCCUGAGAGAACUGGAAUAUCUUGGAGACGCUAGGCAGAAAAUCUCACAACUGGAGGAUGUCAUUGUGAGACUACAGCAAGAUGUCCGGAUCAACGAGAAUGCGCUCAUUCUAGCGCAGCGCAACGCCGCUUCGUCAAACCAGCGCAAUUCAGAAAGCCUCCGUGUGGAGAACGAACGGCUGAAGAAGGAAAUGGACGGCAUGAAUCGACUAUUAGGAGAUGAGAAAUCACGGUCACAGUACUACAAGGCUGAUGCGGACCACUGGAGAGCGCAGGCACAGAUCCGGCAGGGAGAACUGGAAGAGCUAAGGGGGAAGCUGAAGAAUUUGCUGGGCGGGUAA